CGCAAGUAUCUUAGGGACGGAGGUGCGGUACUUUGAAGAGCUCGGAAAGUGAUAUAUAUCCUGCUCCGGUCGUUUCUCAACCAACCCCCCCCCUUCCAUAUCGGGGUAACGUUAAAGUCAAGUUUGUCCUCCUGCUUAAGUUAUCGAAGCCUCAAGUGCCCAACCAAUUCACAAUGAAGCCGUCCGUUUCCCUGCUCGCCCUCCUCGUCGCCUUUGCCGCCGGUGCCUAUGGCCAGGAACAUCUCAAUGACGGAGCUCCUGCCUUGAUUGAGCGAGACGAAGCGUUCAACGCCACCGCCGAUGGAGUGGAAUUCGACUUGGACGACGUCGAAGACCAUCUCGAGCUGUCCACCUUGGAGAAGCGCAAAGCCUGCAGCAGGCACCGUAAGCAGGGCGAUGUCUGCAAAGGCAGGGUGCUUGCCAAGAUGAACUCCCGCCACAACUGGUACGUACAUCAUUGGACCUCCAUGUGCUUGUGCUGUGACAACUCGCUGAGAUGCUCCCGUCCGUGUAGCUACCAGAAGAAGAGCGGCCACUGUUGCGCCCGGGAAAAGAAUGGAGACUACGGUGUCCAAGUCACAAGCAGUACGAAGACAGGCGAAGAUUGUGGUUACUGCUUCUCCGGGAACUGUAGGGCAGAGUAAGCGGAAAGCUCGGCCCCAAUCAGUUCGAGUGGCUCAGCUUGCUUGAUAUAUUUCGGCUGUGGGUGUUGGGAAUCCGGAGAUAGGCUGUCAUCAGGAUCUCGUACCGAAUGUGAUGACUCGAACUCUUGGCUUUGAAAAACACAUGGCCCUUGCCUCUUCGC